AUGAGUUGCUACUUUCUAGCUCCAUUGCGAGGCACAGAUCUGCAUUCCUCAAAGAGUGCUCUACUGAGGCCCGAUUCUUACAAAUUUGUGUCUCUUCGCCCUACUAUCUACAUUAGCUUUCGGCUGCUUAGACAACAGACAACACGACGUGAGGCUGGAGACUGUCCGUUGUCAGAAGACGCUUCAUCGCGGCAUGUUCUGAGGUUUAUUUUCGAGACGGGAAAUGCAAUUAGUGAAGCAAUGUCUAUUGGCAGUCUCCUCAAAAGUCACAUAUUUGUUUAUUAUCCUCCAUCGCUGUCUGGCCAUAAUGAGCCUCAAUGA